UAAAUCAAUAAGUUUCUCUCCUAUUGGAUAGUGUAGAACCUUCUGGCUGCUGUCUAUGGGUAGGAAAAAACACGUUUCUUUAAUUAAUUAAUAUCUAUAUUAAAAAAAAAAAAAAAAAAAAGAGUUCAUUUGUGGUACACGCCACCAUAAGAGUUAAGUCGACGACAAAGGUUCCAUAUUAGAUCAAAGGUUGGUUUCUCUCCAUCAUAUAAUUGUGGGAUAAUAAAUAUGGGUGAAAAAGGGGUGAUGGUGGUGGGGGUGGAUGACAGCGAACACAGCUUUUAUGCGUUGGAGUGGACUUUGGAACAUUUCUUUGGGGGGAAUUGUUCAUCGUCGUCGUCGUCGUCAUCAUCUGCUUUCAAGCUCCUCAUCGUCCACGCCAAACCUACUGCUACGUCCGCCAUCGGCCUCGCUGGUCCUGGGGGUGCUGAUGUUUUGCCCUAUGUCGAGGCUGAUUUGAGGAAGAUCUCUUCUAGGGUUGCCGAAAAAGCUAAGACUAUUUGUUCUGCUAAAUCGGUAAACGAUGUUAUAGUAGAGGUUGUGGAAGGUGAUGCUAGGAAUGUCUUGUGUGACGCUGUGGAGAAGCAUCAUGCCUCUCUCUUAGUUGUUGGUAGUCAUGGUUAUGGAGUUCUAAAGAGGACUGUUUUGGGCAGUGUAAGUGACUACUGUGCUCACCAUGCCCACUGCAGUGUGAUGAUUGUGAAGCGCCCAAAGGUCAAGGCUUGAGAUGUAUCUGAUUCUUGUUGUCUGAACAAGUUCUAGAGUGGAGGAGGACUUGGUUGAUUAUGUGUAUUUAUUCAAUUGUUUUGACUCUCGAUACCCAUAUUCUACCAUGUAAUAUUAUUGUGGAUAAAUUUCAGACUUUAUAUAACAAUAAGUCAUGAUUGAAUGCGA